GUGCUUGUCCAUCAGGCUCAGGCAGCGUCACCAAGACACAAAGUGUUCUAUUUGCUGGAUUGACCUGCUUCGAAGUCUUCUUCACUGGGCCGAAGCCUUGCAGUCGAAGUCAUUUUGCAUGUGACAAUGUUCUCCGCAGCUGAGCCUUUUGAGCUCAAGCAGCGACUGCCUAUCUCAGUUUUGUUUGAAAAACAUGUUCCUUAUGAUGCGACCGAUCCUGGUUCUCUUCGCGGUUGAAGGCAUUGCCGGCAUGCGCAGCAAUCAGAGCAAGGAGGAACUGCAGCCGGAGCAUUUCAUCCCAGGGUUAGACGAGAUCAAAGAUGCCGUCGGGAAGGCAGAUGUCGUCAACCAAGCAAAGGCAGUUGUGAGGGGCCUCUCCGGAGGGGCUUGCCCCGACAGUUUUAAAGGCAUCCCUGAUGGUUGGUCCUACGGUAUUGGUUGUGCAUUUGUGGAAAAGCAUCUUGCCGGCGAGAAGGGCGAGGGGUGUCAUUGUCCCAGUUUCCUCGACGUGUGCGCCACUGCGCCCAGAUUUCAGAAAGUUCGAGACAUGGACAGUCUCAGGGCACAAUUGUCAGUUUCACAGCUUGGCUACUGCCGCACAGGUGCUUGGGUCUUCAUCGUGAGCACCAUCUUUGUGUUGGGGCUGGUCGCUGCUAUUGUCUUCCUGGUGAUCAAGCGGAGGGGCAGCUGAACGAAGUGAGCGUGCCGAUGCAAAAAUGACAUCUGAACAUCUUGAUGGAACUUGAUGGGGUAUUCAUUCAGGGUGUUUUGUUCAUUGAGGUGCGUCCAUGUCUCCAUCAAGUCAUGCAACUUUGUCCCAUUUCUGGCUACUUCUUCAUGAUAACUUUUUUUCAAUGAAGACUCCAACUUGCACAAGGUCCACAACAAAGUGUUCAAGCCCAG